GUGUGCGCGCGCGUGUGUAGCUCGUCCCUGAGUUACAUGUAACAAAAUAUUUACAAUUGUUUACAGACGUCGCUGCCGUGUAUGUGUAUACAUCGUCUUGUGAGUGUGAGUGUGUGUGUGUGUGUGUUCUGAGGGCUCGAUCGUAACAAGGCAACACACAGAUUUGACAUAUAUUCCUAAUCCAGCGAACACACCAGCGAGUGACGGACAAAACUUAUUACAAUUAUGCAAAAAAGUUUUUCCUUAAGAAUUACUUUUCUUUCGGGUUUUGGCUUUGCCCGGCUCCGCAGAUACUGAGCUACUGCGACAUAGUCCAACAACAACAACAAAUAAAGGAAAUUGAAGAUAAUCGAAUACAAUUUGUCAUCGAUUACCAUAAAUAUCGGGCAUCAGGAUCAGUUGCUAUGUAUUGAAGGAAUUAGCGAUACAUAGAAUCAAAACACAUCUCUCCGAAUACAGGAAGGAAAGAAAAAAAAACACUGAUCCAUUCGAUACAGUCCGUAGUACGGUUCAAAGUGAAAAGAAUACUGCAUUGAGUCGUACUCUGCAACGGACCAUUGCAUUCAGCCUACACAUUGGAUUGGACUCUGGCUUGAUUCAUUCAGCGCCUUCAUUUACAUUCACGAUAUUUACACGGAGAAAUAGAUCUACUUAGGCAAAGAAUUUUCUAGAAGGAAAAAAAAUACAAACACAAAAAAAAAAAAAGCAACCAGGGGAAGAAAAUUAGAAAAGUGGGUGUGUAAUCCGACAACACAUACACCCUUGCGUGUAGUUUAUUGUACACGUGUACAGUAGCUGACACACUAGUUUAGUUCAACAGCUAUAACACACUGUACACACAGACAUUUCAUCCAUUGAACACAUCAAAGUCAGAAUCUAAAAAUGCCAACUGAAAAAUUAACGGAACACAUCUACACAUUUAGUCAAUCGGAAUGAGUGCUCACUUAUUGACAACAUUUUGUGGGGCUUUUUUUUUCAAUGUCAACGCAAUAAAGAAGAUCAUUAUUGAAAGUAGUUAUUGAUCAUUUGCUUCUAGUGCAUUGACAACCCAAUUAUAUUUAAGUAUCGGUUCAGUGAAGUCUAAAACCUGCUUCUCAGCAUACUUUUCAACUAUUCAGAUAAGUCUAAAGCCUGCUUUGCCAUAACUUUCAACAAUCCAGUUAAAUCACGCUUCGCAUCAUAACUUUCUAAUAAAUUCCACAUAGCCAUUGAACACCUUGCAGAAACACUAGGGAUACAAACAAAAAAGUUUUCCAUUAUAAAUUAAAUCUAUUUUAUCGCAAAUAUUUCUUUAAGUUUGAAGUAAGAAAAUAUAUGUUAUGCCCUCUUAAAUCUGAUUGCAUUUAUUUUACAUAGUGUGUGUUUAACCACUGAAUCCAACUCUUAUAUAGAUCCAAUAAUAACAUAAAUGAUAUAACAAAAAUUAUAUUAGGCUGAGACAUUAUAAUACAUUGGCUAGACCUGCCCUGGUUUAGAAAUCACUACACACAACAAUAUAAAUAGCGUUUGAAGCAGAGCAUUUAAUUUGACACUAAAACACUAACAAUAACUUACUCAUGACCAUUUUAUUAAAUGUUAGCAAGUUUAAAAAAGUUAGCCCGAGUUUCUGCUAAGCAUUUCAGACAUAAGUGGGUCCAGGCUUUCCCAGGCUUGGUGCCAAUAUCAUAGCACAGUGAAGCCCUCUCAGACAUCGGGCUAGCCUUGCGGCUACAGUGUUUAACAUGCUAGUGUAAUUAUCCCGCCCCCAAAAAACUACCCGAGUCCAAUUUCAAAUCUUUCGUCCAAUGGAUCGUCCCCGCGGACGAUUUGCUUGAAAUAAGGAUAACACUGAGUGAAAUGUGAGCCCAGCUGGAUUAAUUAAUUUCAUAUAUUUAAAUACUUUCUGUGAUUUCACGGCGAACCCAGAGAGGAGAUAUAUUUGUGGGGGAUUAAUUACAAAAAAUACAUUAAAACAAAGGGAGGUAAACAGAAAAAAAAAAAAAAAAAGGCUGGUGAGAUCUUCGUGUGGAAUUUACGAUUCUGGUGGUUUUGUUGACUGCUCAUUGCCAAGAACAGUAAUGACUAUUCUGUGUUAAAUCGUCUUGAGAGGAUACUGUCUCCCGCUGACAUUACUGAUGUCGCCAUGCGCAUUCAAGCUAUAGUGACCUGCCUGUACUUCGUACUAGUGUUUCCAGCAGACAUCAUUGGCUUGUGGUGGGCCGUGGGCAGCCCCCUUGUGAUGGACUCUAACAGCAUCUGUAAAAAGACGAAGCGACUGGCCGGGAGACAGAAGACCAUUUGUAAACGGGAACCUGAGGUGGUGGCGGAGGUAGCGAAGGGAGCCAAGCUGGCGCUGAUGGAGUGUAAGUUCCAGUUCAGGAACAGGCAGUGGAACUGCACGACGGCCAAGCGAUCCAUCACGCAAAUACUGAAUAAAAAUAUCCGCGAGGCGGCCUUCGUGUACGCCAGCACAGCGGCAGGGGUGGUGUACGCUGUGACCAACGCCUGUAGCACGGGGCUCCUACACCAGUGCACCUGCGACCACAGCGUCAGGGACAGGAGCACGGACGGGGAGUGGGAGUGGGGAGGCUGCGGAGACAACGUGGAGUACGGCUACCGGAAGUCCAGGGAGUUCAUGGAUGCCCGGAAGAGGAAGCAGAGGGGCGACUUCACGGCAAUGAUUCAGCUCCAUAACAACGAGGCUGGCCGUUUGGCUGUUAAAAACUACAUGAGGAAGGAGUGCAAAUGUCAUGGGCUCUCUGGCUCGUGCGCCCUCAAGACUUGCUGGAGGAAAAUGCCGCCCUUCAGGGACGUGGGCAACAGGCUCAAGGAGAGGUUCGACGGGGCCAUCAAGGUCAUUAUCUCAAACGACGGGAACAGCAUCAUCCCGGACGGCAAGGACUUGAAGUCCCCGUCCAAACUUGACCUAGUCUAUUCCGACACGUCCCCGGAUUUUUGCAAGAAAAACAAAAAGCUGGGGUCGCUAGGCACAAAGGGGCGGGAGUGCGACCCGGAAUCCCCCGGGGUCGGCGGAUGCGACCUACUGUGCUGCAACAGGGGGUACAGCAAAGAGCAGGUGACUGUGAUGGAGUACUGCAAAUGUCGGUUUCACUGGUGCUGUGAGGUCAUCUGCGAUACGUGUGAGGUCACUAAAAUUUUGAAUCGAUGUAAAUAACAAAAUGGCUAUCUGUCAAAAAGUGUACAUAUCUUUAACAUUUAUUUGUUGGUGUAGGCAUGACAUGGCUUACGCUGUUACCAUGACUAAUACAGUGCCGAUGUGCCAUAUCACUUUUUACAUAUAUAAUCAAACAUUGCGAGAUGCAGUUUCGCCAUAUAUAUAACAACCACAAAAAUUGAGCUCAUCAUAUGAACAAAAAAACUAACAGAAUUAAAGAGGUAACUAUUCUGCCACGAUUGGAUAAUAUUUCACUGCAUUGUUACAUUAUCAUUUUGCUUUAUGCUUCACAAAUUUAGUUCCUGAUAUAUGGAUAGUAUAUAUACGCUAUAUAUAAACAUUUUCUGAAAUACAAAUGACGUUGGAAAAUGAAAUUUGUUUAUUUCACUGCAUUGUUUAAACAGCGGUCAGUUAUUAUUCUUUAGAAACACUUUAAACCGAUCGACGGACAUUGGCUCGUUCCCAGGACAUAAAGUAAGAAUAACAGAGAAAAUACGAAUGCAAUUACAUUUGAUGUAAGUCGCAAUUUGUCUUACUGAAAUAGUGUGUUUACGACAACCUGAGUAAUUGGCAAGGACAUCACCUGUGUUUACGACAACCUGGAGUAUUUGACAAGUACAUCGCUAGAAUGUUUACGACAACCUGGAGUAUUUGACAAUCACAUCACUAGUGUGUUCACGUCAACCUGGAGUAUUUGACAAUCACAUCACUAGUGUGUUCACGUCAACCUGGAGUAUUUGACAAUCACAUCACUAGUGUGUUCACGUCAACCUGGAGUAUUUGACAAUCACAUCACUAGUGUGUUCACGUCAACCUGGAGUAUUUGACAAUCACAUCACUAGUGUGUUCACGUCAACCUGGAGUAUUUGACAAUCACAUCACUAGUGUGUUCACGUCAACCUGGAAUAUUUGACAAUCACAUCACUAGUGUGUUCACGUCAACCUGGAGUAUUUGACAAUCACAUCACUAGUGUGUUUACGACAACCUGGAGGUAAUAAUGGCAUCACCAGGAAUCGACGCAUUGAAAAGUCAGUGGCUUAAAUGUUGUCGGAAAUCUUUUGACAUUUACCUUUAACUCGUCAAUAUAAAGUCGUAUAUAUAUGUAUAUAUAUAUGGGCAUUUACAUAAAAGUCAAUACAGGCGUAUGAUAUUGGACAUAUGUAUGUUUAUAUGUUCGUGAUGGCUCAAUAAGACAUUGAAGGUCCUCGAGAAGGACAACUCACUAUGUCUAUUACAAUUAUCAGUUGUGGGAGUUUGAUCACAUAACCCUGUAUACUUUGAUAUUUAACCACAUGCUGUUAUGUACUAGUGUUGUUAUUGUAUUUUGGAUUUAUUGACGGAAUAAUUAUAACAUGCACAGCUACAGAUGAUUGCAGUUUUCUGAAUGCUGCUAAAUUUAUCAACAAACCUAUAAACUUUGUAAAUAUUUUUUUCAGCUAAAAUUUCUUUAUUUUCAUUUUAUUGAAAUUAAGCUAAUCAAAAAUUACAAAAUCGUAAAUAUUGCUCUUUGAAAUUUGUUUCCUGUUUGCGAAGUUCAGGUCUUAGAGAUACAUCCUCAGUAGAAAUAAUUCAGAAUUCAAAAUGUCUUAGAAACAUUCUAAAAAUGAAACUAUUCAAAAGACAGAAAUCAUAGACACAAUUUCAAAUACUUAAUGAAUUCAGACGUCAUAAAGAAGUCAUCAAAAGUAUGUAGAUCUAGUCAGAGGUUCGAUGUUAAAAAUGGCUGCAUGGUCGCGCGGUAUCGUUCGGUUGUCUCGAUGGUCCCGGGUUCAUACCCUGCCCGCUGCCAUCCCCCAUCAUCCUGAGGGAGGUUUGGACUAGGAAGGAGCUUCCAAAACAUGUCAAACAUUUUUUUUUUUUCAAAAGCCAUCGAAAGUACUACAGUGAAACAGAAGAUAUCCUUAGGAUUUAAAGUAUUCUGUUAACAACACUCAACUUUUUACUCAACAUGUCCAUUUUUCUAGAGCACAAUGUCAUGUUUGAUUGAAUGCACUGUGUUGAUUGCCCUAGAGACGUAGUGAAGGGAUUUGAACGAGUUUUGAAAUUACAAUUUAAACGUUUUCUCUUUUUAAAUGUUCAUUUUUUAAAUAACUGAAACAGAGUUCUGAGAAUCAAAAGUGAAGAAAAAAAAAGCAAUACCUUAUAAAUUGUGUUUUUGCUAGAUCGCCUUUAAUUUACUAGUCUAGGUCUUGAUUUUUAAUAGUUUAUUUUAUAGUUUUUUUUCAGAAUAUAUAUAUAUAUAUAUAUAUAUAUAUAUAUAUGUAUAUGUAUGUAUGUAUGUAUUUAGAUGUCAAACACAUACAUGCCAUUGUAAAUAAUAUGAAAUAUUUUUUUUUAAUUCCCGUUUCUUUCUACAGACUAAAUCACUGCAUGUU